CCGACUGUCCAUGAGACUGCACGUGCAGCGGGUCACUUGCACCUUCACGAUCGGUUGUUUUCCUCUGUUCGCACGUUCACUCUAAGUGAGUGUGUUCCCUUAUGCUGAUAAGACGUUUUUUACACCUUUCUGCACGAGUCUAAGCGAUAAGGGGUAGGAUCACGGAUGUGGCUCCAAUCGCAACACAACAAAACAACAUCGUUCCGCCUUUGAAGAGUGGAAGAUUAUGUAAGAGCAAACUGACCGAUUUCGGUACGUGGAUCUAGUAGGACGGACUAGGCAGCAAGCAGAUCAGCAGCAGCAGCAGCAGCGGGGCAACAUUACUAAUCGAAAGUCAUCCGGCCAUUGAUUCAUUCCCGCUGCGUCGUCUGAUUGGGGUGGAUCGCGUCGAGUGUCCAAUAUCAGUAUUGUAGGCAUAGUGUCCGGUAGCGUGCAGCAAUGAGCAGACAGCAGGUGUGAACGGUGAAGUAAAGUGUUGAUGAAUAAAUUGGAACACCACCAUCGUUAGUCUGAAAACCGAUUUUGGUAACCGCUCCACAAGAGAGCCGUUUUCGGGGGGUUCGAUCGUACCUUUGUGAACAGUGAACUAUUCGAUACAAGAUGGUGGAAAAGUUGGACACGCGGAGCUGCAUCUUUUCGCUGCUCUAUUCCGUUGGUUCGUUUGCAUUGGCUUGCGCAAGCCUGUCCACGCUGAACCCGAGUGAUCGCAUAACGGUCCAGAAAGGUGCGCUGCUUAUCAGCUUUGGCUUUGUGUACUUCGUCGCACUUACCGAGUUCCUGAACAAGCUGCUGCUGCGGACAACCAUCGGCCACAGCUUUGUCAAGCGAUAUCGGUUGCGUGUUUCGGAUGUGCUGGACAUAACGAAUAAGGUCGUAUCCGCCGUCCAGGCCGCCUUUUCCUGUAUUGCCGGUCUGUUCGUGUGCCGCUGGUCAUGUCCGCGAAACUUUCUGCACGCCUCACACUUUCUGUCGGAAUCGUACGCAUGGUUUGCGGCGUCGUACUUUUUCUACGACCUUUGGUCGAUGUACAAAAUCUACGCCGCCGAGGCAGCGCUCAAAAUAAAGGUUAAACUCGGUCUGCAAUCGGUAGCCGGGGAUAAUAAUAACGGUGGCGCUGGCAAUGGCACUGCCAACGGUGAUGGAACGCUGGCGGAAAAGACACUGCAAGCAUUGGACGACAUUCCGAGCGUGGAGCAGGGUACACUUUCCUUUGUGAAUCCGUGCAAAAUGGGUAUCCCGAGCUUUGCCAAGUACCUGUCAACGCACCCUUUGAUGGUGUUCCAUCAUCUUUUCAUUGGAUCGUACGGAUUAGUCGUAAUAUCGUAUCUUCGAGGUGGUCUGGGAGAUUGUGUAUUUAGCUUCAUGUUUAUGAUGGAGCUUUCCACACCGUUCGUAUCAUUCCGUAGCAUCCUCAGCGUGAUGGGAUUGAAACAAUCGAAACUGUACGUCAUCAAUGGGCUGGUGAUGCUGGUCUCAUUCUUUUGGUGUCGCAUCUUUCUAAUGCCCUACGUCUGCUACUACUAUAGCCAGGUGGUGAAUAAACCAUUCUUGGAGGCUGUGUUGAAUUUACCAUGGGGAUGUCAAGUAAGCAUUUUGGCACUGUUUUUGCCCCAGCUGUACUGGUUCCGGUUGAUGGUACGAGGCGCGAUGAAGGUAUUUUUCCCAUCGAAAAACAAACGCAACACAACGAUUGCGGCAAAUUCAUGUGCAAAUGAAGUGUCCACCAACGGGGAAACCAUAAAAUCUUCCCAAUCCAAAGAUAGUGAAGUACGGUCUCUGAUGUAAGGAUAACGUUUUUUGCCACGUUCAUCGACCGUGGGGCAUGGGACAGGGCAUUGACAUCUUAGUAAAUGUUAAUGAAUAAGUGUUAUUUUGUGUGUAAUUUGAAUAUUCACCGACACGCGCUCGAUGUAUGAUUCAACCUUUGUGGUGGGACGUGAGACAUGGAAGGAUGAAGAGGGACAUGGAAAGGACACGUAGUAGGGAUGCACGGAGACGGAAAUGGAGCUAGGUUUUAGCAGGGAUAACUUACUCACUUCCAUGUUUACACAACCGGUAGAACGAAUGUGCUGCUGCUUAGUUUACUAGUCAUAGUAUUUGUGUUUUGUUCACCACAGGAACAUUAUUAGCUUAACCACUGCAACAAAAAAAACCCCUCUCCCAACAAUUACGCAGGGAUAAGUUUACAUGGAUCUUCCAGGGUGUGUGCGUGCUUGCCAGGUAUGCCCUGUUCAACAGUAGCCCUUUACCAAGUAUAUAUAGUACGAUUGAUUUGUGACGAUUGCCCUUUAAGUUAUACACGAUAAUGAAUGAAACAAAAACCAAACGUAGGAUUAUGAUCACCGCAACCUCUCCCACAAAAAACAACAUAUUAUACUAUAUUGUUAAAACAAGAAAAGCAUACACGUGCAGUUUCCAUUUAAAAACAAAAGUACUGGGGGAAGCACAACAUUACUUAUACAGCGAACAUCUUACGGUAGUAGAAGAUAGACUUUUUUGUGCAUUUUUUCUACAAACAUAGCAACCAGCGCACAAUGUUUUCUGUGCGAAAAUAGUUUACAAGUACGGUAUACAUGUGUACAUUCAAUCCUGAGUGCGUCAGUAGAUAUAAAGAAAUGGAACGAGUAGCAGCUACUAGUACGAAUGCUGAAAUUAGUGAACACAUUGGCUUUGCGUGUAGAAUGGGAAUUGAACUGAGGGAUGGAUAGAUGAAUGUGGAUGAAUGGCUGAAACGGUUAAAAAAUAUUCAUAUAAAUAAUCAAUGGAGCUUUCAUAUUAGUGUGAUGUUUACCAUGUUAUUAGGCACAGUGCGGAUAAUAAGAAGCCCCAAGGAUGAGCAAAUUUAAAGACAACAUAUUUGGAAUAAUGUUCAAAAAUUGCAUCGCACUCAUCAUUGAAAGGGAGAGUGUUAUAUGGCAAACAGAGACCUACGAUCAAUAUUUGCAUUUCGCUGCAUCGUAAAGAGGAAUGUCGUAUUAAAUGUUAAUCGGAAAAGAUAGACUGUCCAUGCUCGGGAUGACGCAUUGGGUUACAUACAAUUUACAGGCAAAAAGGCCCCCGAGUAGAUUAGGUUUGAGAUUGAGAGAUUUUAACCUUUAAAACGAAAUCAGCAUUAGACAUUCGAUGAGAUCGUGGUGCUCCCGGUGCUCUCUUGUACCGGUCAGCCGAACACUAUUGAUGUGGCGAAACUUACAACUUUUUGUAUCGCACUUUGCAGCAAAUUCUGCGCGCACCUAUUCCAAUCGAAACGAUGCAUAAAAGCUGGGAUUUUGCUGAAAAUCCUGUCUGGGAUGUUGUGUUUGUGUACCAAUUUACAUAAAAAAUAUAAUGUGUACUGGAAUUUUGUA